UAGUGAUAAGCCCUAAACUAAACAACGCGUCAUCAUAUGUGCAGCAAGUCCCUGCAAAAAGGAAUCUGUAGACUUUUGAGCUGGUAGGGACAAUCGGAUCGAUCAUGACGACUCACGAGUUUUUUGUUGACAUGACAUGUGAGGGAUGCUCUGGUGCAGUAACUCGAGUGCUUAAAAAACUGGAUGUCAAGUUUGACAUUGAUCUCCCCAAUAAGAAGGUCUUCAUUGAGUCAGACAAAGACACAGAUGUUCUUCUGGAAACACUGAAAAAGACUGGGAAAACUGUUACCUACAUCGGUCCAAAAUGAAAUACUAUACAUUAAAAAACUAAAAGAAUCGUGCUGCUUUGAGGCUUAUGAAGUGGGGUUCGUCACACAUCAGAUAAAUCAUCGUGUAUCUUCGGGACCACUGAAGGAAAUCUGUUCAGCAGAGCAUCAUGAAGUGCUGAUAUAAGGCAGAUUUCUUGUCAAUUAUAAUAAUGUGGAAAUAUAACCGUUUACUGUGUGGUUGUUUUCAUGCCACACUUGUCUGCUUGGAAUUGUUGUAAAUCAGAUGAUAAUUCAAAUAAAGAUUCCUGUAUAACCUGGAGGAAAACAAAA